AGGGAGGGAGCCGGGAGGCCGCGGAGCAGCGAGCGCCGCCAUAUUAGGCACCGCGGAGCCCGGGAACCCGUCAGCGGCGGCCGCGGCCGGGCCUGGCGGAGCUGCGGGGGCCGGAGGCGGGUGCGGCACGGCGCCGGGAGAGGCGGGGCCGGCGGGAGCCAGCGGGCGACGGGAGCGAGCCAGAGCCCGCCCUGGCGACCCGGAUGCCUGUCCAGUGUGUGCUGUGGUGAGGGCCGGGGCAAGCCCAGAACCAAAGCCCCCAGGCUGACUCAGCUGGCAGGCCCUGCCCUGCCCCACCAUGGACCAGGACUAUGAGCGGCGGCUGCUCCGUCAGAUCGUCAUCCAGAACGAGAACACGAUGCCUUGUGUCUCAGAGAUGCGACGCACCCUGACACCCGCCAGCUCCCCGGUGUCCUCCCCCAGCAAGCACGGGGACCGCUUCAUCCCCUCACGUGCCGGGGCCAACUGGAGCGUGAACUUCCACAGGAUCAACGAGAACGACAAGUCUCCCAGCCAGAACCGCAAAGCCAAAGACGCCACCUCGGACAGCGGCAAAGACGGCCUGGCCUACUCAGCCCUGCUGAAGAACGAGCUGCUGGGAGCGGGCAUCGAGAAGGUGCAGGACCCGCAGACCGAAGACCGCAGGCUGCAGCCCUCCACGCCGGAGAAGAAGGGCCUCUUCACGUAUUCCCUCAGCACCAAGCGCUCGAGCCCGGACGAUGGCAACGACGUGUCCCCGUACUCCUUGUCUCCCGUCAGCAACAAAAGUCAGAAGUUACUCCGGUCUCCGCGGAAACCCACCCGCAAGAUCUCCAAAAUCCCCUUCAAGGUCCUGGAUGCUCCUGAGCUGCAGGACGACUUCUACUUGAACCUGGUGGACUGGUCGUCCCUGAACGUGCUCAGCGUGGGGCUGGGCACCUGUGUGUACCUGUGGAGCGCGUGCACCAGCCAGGUGACGCGGCUCUGCGACCUCUCCGUGGAAGGGGACUCUGUGACCUCCGUGGGCUGGUCUGAGCGGGGGAACUUGGUGGCCGUUGGGACACACAAGGGCUUUGUGCAGAUCUGGGACGCUGCUGCGGGGAAGAAGCUGUCCAUGCUGGAAGGCCACACGGCACGCGUGGGGGCCCUGGCCUGGAACGCUGACCAGCUGUCCUCCGGGAGCCGGGACCGCAUGAUCCUGCAGCGGGACAUCCGCACUCCACCCCUGCAGUCGGAGCGGCGGCUGCAAGGUCACCGGCAGGAGGUGUGCGGACUCAAGUGGUCCACGGACCACCAGCUACUCGCCUCUGGGGGCAACGACAACAAGCUGCUAGUCUGGAACCACUCGAGCUUGAGUCCCGUGCAGCAGUACACGGAGCACCUGGCAGCUGUGAAGGCCAUCGCCUGGUCCCCACACCAGCACGGCCUGCUGGCUUCGGGCGGGGGCACGGCCGACCGCUGCAUCCGCUUCUGGAACACGCUCACGGGGCAGCCGCUGCAGUGCAUCGACACGGGCUCCCAGGUGUGCAACCUGGCCUGGUCCAAGCACGCCAACGAGCUGGUGAGCACCCACGGCUACUCCCAGAACCAGAUCCUCGUGUGGAAGUACCCGUCCCUGACCCAGGUGGCCAAGCUCACUGGGCACUCCUACCGCGUCCUCUACCUGGCAAUGUCCCCUGACGGGGAGGCCAUCGUCACUGGUGCUGGAGACGAGACCCUGAGGUUCUGGAAUGUCUUCAGCAAAACCCGCUCGACCAAGGAGUCCGUGUCUGUGCUCAACCUCUUCACCCGGAUCCGGUAGAGCCGCGCAGGGCGCCAGCCUCCUGCAGGGCAGACCCUGCUCCUCCACUCGCAUGGACCUGCCGCCCGCACACAGCCCAGAGGACGCAGCGGGAGGGCGGGAGCUGGGCCUGGAGAGUCUGAUUAAACGCCUGAUUGUGAACCAUGUCCACCAGUAUUUGGGGCGGGGACCGGGGCCAGCACCCUCGCGGCGGCCGAGACCCAGUGCAGCCCGUCGGCGCUCAGAGCGGGAUGGACGCCGCUGGGACCUGCCUGCUUGUGUCCUCGCCUCGCUGGGCUGCAUGUUCUCCUGGAAGCACGUGCCCCCCGCACACUGCCUGCUGCGUCAGCCGGCCAAGGGGCAGCCAGGCAGGAGGCCCGAGACCCCGCGCCCAGCCGGAACCGCGCGGCGCGGCCUGGCCAGAGGAGCCCUGGGCAGCAGCGUCUUCACAGCCGCUUCUGUGGCCGCCCAGCAGUGGCUCGGUGCCGCUGGAGCGGCAGGCGCCACGGGAGCACCCUGAGGGAGCAGGCCCGGCGCGUCCUGGAGGACACCACGGGGACUUGCGCACGGACCGCCCGCACACCUGCGCCUGCUUCCUCCUGUCCCCUUUGCCGGCGAGACUUGAAUGCUGCUGUGCCUGCUGGGCGUGGGCGUCCUGCCAGGUGGCACCUCCCCUGCUCCUGGCCCUGCUGCUGGCCGCCUGCCUCAGGAAGGCUGGCGAGAACAGGAGACGGGCGCCCGGGCCCCUCCGGAGGCACCCUGGGCUUCCCUGACGUCCUGCGUCCAUCGCCCCAGCCGGGGAGCCCGCAGGAUGGGCGUGGUUGGGCCUGCGCAGCUGCCCUGUCCCCUCGUGAACCGGGGCGUGGGUGGCGCGGGCACAGCCAGGCCACGCGGGGUGGAGUGCCCCAGGUCUGGAGCCCGCGGCCGUGUGCAUGUGUAUAUGUACCUGUGACUCUGCCCUCAUCUGUGUCCCGUCGCGCAGUCCAGAGCUGUGCAGGUGGACGGGGCGGCCUCUGCCGGAAGCGAGGCCUCCGC